AUGAGUAAUGGGGGUGGACCUGGAGCACCAUCCAAGCUUUCUAGAGAGACGGUGAGUCUAGGUAAUGGAAAGGCUUAUAAAGUCCAAAAGAUUAGGCAACGAAAGAUUUUUAGUUGUAUUCCAUGCCAUCAGCGCAAAAUCAAGUGUUCUCGUGAAAAGCCAAUCUGUUCCAGUUGCAUGAAACUGUUUUCAAAUGUUGGUGAUCAAUCAGGGGAUGCUUCUGAAUAUUGCAAGUACUACAUCAACGAUAAGAAGACAAACUUAUUGAAAGACACUCCAGAGAUAGAGUUUCUGCAUAAUGGAAUUGUUUCCAGCUCGUACUUAACAGCUACCCAAAAUCAUCAAUCACAGCCACACCUACAGUCACAACCCACAGUCGAUUUCCCUCAAAACACUGCCAUCAUUUCUAAACUGUUAGAAGGACUUCCAGCUUCAAAAAAUAGAUACUUUGAACUUUUACAGAUAUAUCAAUAUUGUAUACACCCUUUGUGUCCAGUUGUCAACAUGUCAGAGUUCAUGGAUAAGGCUCAACUAUUUUGGAAGUAUGACUUGAAAGAUCCCAAAAAAGCGGUUCAGGUUAUCAAUUCAUCGACCAGUACAGAUCUAGAACUACUGGCAGGACCCCAAUUGCUCAGUUUUGUCCAAUUGUUAUAUGCUGUGUUUGCCUGCUCGUCUUUAGCCGAGUCUGCCUUUAAUAUUUAUCACAACCUUUCUUCGGAGACGAAAACAUAUUACAAAGCAUGCACCGAUGUCAGAUACCACCUGGAGAAUAAAUGCAAGCAUUAUGAUCUGGAAACGUUCCAAUCGUUAGUUCUGAUUCUCAUUUUAGGUCUCAGGUGGAACGUAGUGCCACUCGUGGAGGAAGUUGGUAAAACAAUCAGAGCUGCCCAACUAUACAGGCUAAACAGAGAUCCAAUGCUGUAUCAUAAAUUAAAGAAUGAGGAUUCUAUCAUGUUGCGACGUACUCUCUGGUGGUUGAUAUUCUCCCUAGAUGGAAGGGUUUCUCAUGUAUUGGGACUACCUCCAAUUCUGCGAUUGGACGAUUUUGACACUUCCAUGUCAAUUUUUCCUAAUGAUAUUUAUCGCAGGUCCAUCUGCACAGCCGAGUUCCGUUACAGUUGCAUAUUGAGUGUCAUCUCCCGAUAUAUGAAUGGAAUGUCUGAAUCAUUACCCCAAAACACAGUUAACUUCUUGACUAGGAAAAUUUGUGAUCUGAGCGCUAUGUGCGUUCACAAUAUUGAAGAGCUGACCAAUGAACUGGAAUGCAAUGCUCAAAGUAACAACAUGACUUCUCUUUUGCACUACGGAAUCACUUUAUUGUCGAUUAUUCCGGACAGAGCUUUUUUCCAUCUAUACAAUAGUGCUAAUAGCUCUGGCACAUUUGACCCAAGCCAGUUCAACAUGCAUCUACUGAAAGUUGAUUAUCAUCUAACUGCGUCUGACUUUUAUUAUCUGAAGUACUCAUACACCGAUCUGAGCAAUGCUUUAUUACCAUCUCUAAUCCACUAUAUUGCCGGUUUUAUUUCUCUUUAUGACAGCACUUGGAUACAGAAGCCUCUAGGUCAGAAUUCCGUCUUGAGGGAAUUCAGUCACUUGAAUUGGCAUCUGUAUUCUUACGUUCCCAUGAACGAGCUGAUCUACUUAAUGAUCAUUGUCAUUAACAAUUUCGGUCAAGGCGACUCGCAAAUUUAUCCUGAAAUCGGAGCAUUUAACUACGAUCUCAACCUCAAGUUAUACCUGAUCAACAAGGCAAUCAGUAUUCUAGAAACUUACUGGAAAAACCACGGAGAAUUGGGUAAGUUAGUAGACAUCUUGUUGGAAUCAUGGAGUUUCAUAAAGUUAUCUCUCUCAAUUGAUGUAUCAAAGAUAAUGGUGCUUGAGAGAGACGAGGAAAUAGCCCAUUUCAUUCCACAGCCAUUCACUAAAGCAUACAAGUCCACCUCGUGGCUCAAUCCUGUUCCUGUUGGUGUAGACAUGUUGGAUCCGAGCAAUAUGGAGGCCCAAUCGCAUCGACCAAGCUCCAAAUAUCAUCAUGGUGGAUUCUCCCUUUUCGAAAAGCAGCCUCAAUACGAUCCAUUAGAGUUAUUCAUCAAGCAUACUGGCGAAUCAGCAUCUAUCCCACAACCAAUUGGUGGCACUAUAUCAAACCUAGACAUAAAUAAUUCCCAAGUACUGAAACAGUUAGAGGUGCAUCGUUUCCAGAUACGAGCAAAAUUUGCAGCUCUGGGCGAACUGUACGACAGGGCAAUUCAUUCCAUUUCGGACAAUCCUAACGGCGAGAUUGUACUGGAUGUAAUGUCCUACUCCAGAGACAUUGAGAUUGCCAUGCUACAGCUCAUCAAGGCUGCAGGGGUAUAG